GAUUCAUUUCAAAUCUUUUCCAUGAUAUUGCGAACGUACUUUCUCUCUUCGUUUCCGCUAAUUUCCAUUUCCCUACUAUCCUGCAUUUAUUCCGUGAAUGGAUGUCAAGGCAAGGAUACCGUAGCAUUUUUUGUCAACGGAGAUGCAAAACUACCCGCAUCAGCAACGGCAUGUUUCAAUUCAUGUGCUCUUGGGAAUUGUACAGGAGUUUUAUUCCAAGGAGACAAAUGCAUUGUAAUCGACAAAUCAAACUAUUUUGGAAGAAUCGAAGAGCGAAAUUACAUUGAGAAGAAAUGCGUGAAAAAGGCUCCUCACAGGCUUCUUGUCAAAGAAUGGGACGACAGAAUACUUGUUGAUAAGAGCCAAUCAGUUCUUAAAGCUGAGACAAAAUUAGAGUGUUUAAGUCUUUGUGCACAGGAGAAAAGAUUCCCAUGCCUAUCUGCAAUGUUCUACCGAGACAGUAAAGAUUGUCUUUUGAACUCCGCGUCUAGUUCUUCAGCUAAAUUGAAAAUGGAUACUGGUGGCUUCAAAGUUUCGUAUAUGGAGUUGCAUGGAUUAAAAGAAGCGGUUCACUGCCUCAAUGCGUUCAAGAUGGUUGCAUUUGACGCAAUUGAAAUCCGCGGAGAAUCACGAAUUUUCAAUGGCUCCGAUGGACUUGGAAAGUGUAUGGAAAAAUGCAAGGAUUGUGAUGUAGUGAUGUACAACGAGGGAUUCUCCGAAUGUUACUCAGUUUGGAAUGAUCCAUCAGGUCAAUUGCUCGAUUUUGUGAAUGAUGAAUAUCAAAUACUCACAAAUGCAUGUUCUUAUCAAAAAAAGACCUGUAAUUCAAGAAACUCUUUGUAUAUUUCAUAUUCGAAUCCAGAUGAGAGUUUGAAAUCGGAAUGUCUAGAAAAAUGCACAAUGUCAGAAGAAUGUCGAUUUGCUUAUCAGUCCAAAGAUAUGAAUAAUUGUUUGAUUUCAAGAAGACGAAUGGCAUUGCCAAUGUUAGCACAAAAGAUAUGUGCAGAUGUUAAUGAUUUGAGUGAUGGAUCUGCUAUUUUGUUUGAUGAACUCGGUGGAUGUAAGAAUGAAAAUGGACAGUUGAUAUCAAAAGAUUUGGAACUUCAUCAAUGUAUGCAGUUGUGUGCCACACAUCCAACAAGAAGCUGCGAAUCAAUCAGUUACACUAAAUCACGGGAUUGUUAUUUACAUGAUGGUGCAGUUGAAACAGACAAUGAAAACACAAAUUGCUCGGUAUUCACUUUGAACGUUAUCACUUUUGAACAAGAACUGAAACCCACUACAAUUGCACCAGGAGAUUCUAAAGUUAAAAAGCCUCAUAAAGCAAAAACAUUCUCAACAGGAAACAAGAAGGACCAGAAGAAAGUUGAAGAAAGAAAGCUGUACGUCAAAAAAUCCUCAAAACUUGGAUCGAGCCCACUUGAUGUGAAAAUUAGUACUCAAUGUACUUUUGGAUUUAUUUCAGUAAAAGUUUCCCCUGGAAACCCGGAUAAUCACAAUCUUGUUGGUGGAGAAAUUUACGUUCGAAAUGGUCACUCAAAUUGUUCAAAAACAAUUGGAACGGAUGGAGAAGCGAUUCUAAAGAUCCGUCAUAAUGAUACAACUUGUAUCACUAAAAACGGAGAUAUUUACGAGACUGUAGUUGUUGUAACACAGAACGUGGAAAGUGUGGGAAAUGCAACAGUGAUAACGAUCGAUGAUCAACUUUUCAAAGUGAGAUGUGAUUACUCGAAUCAGAAAAAUGCGGUGGCAGUGGCAAAAACAAUGAAUUUAAGAACAACACAAUUCAAUAAACUCGAUAUCUAUGGAAAAGUGAAUGUGAAACCAAUGAGUAUGGAACUACGCGGAAAACGAGAAAUUAUUAAAGCUCGAACAGUGAAGCUCGGUCAAAGUCUUGAUCUUGUUUUCACAGUCGAUAAUUCAACGUCAGCUCGUCACGUUUUUGUGAAGAAAUGCACGGCUUACGAUCAAAAUGGCGAUGAGAAAAUAAUUUUGAUUAAAAAUGGAUGUGCUACCCAACAUGCGAAGGAAUACGUUUUACGAGAUGAGAUUAAGGAGACCGCUACAGGAUUCGUAUUACCGUUCCGAGCGUUUCGGUUUAAACAGGGAGAGGCUGUCAAGAUUGAAUGUGAGGUGAAGUACUGUGAAAAGUGUAAAAAGGCAAAUUGUCCAUCACGUAACCGCCGAUUUACAACUUUUGAUGAGAGUGAGGACACAACGUUAACUGGAAAUGAAGAUACUGAAAAAGUCCAUGCCGAGCUUCUCGUUCAAACAAUUGUAGACUCAACCCAAUUAGAUGGUUAUUGCCUUCAAUUGAACCGUUGGAUUGCACUAAUUUCCUUAACUGUAAUUAUAAUUUCAAUUCAAUUCCUACUCGUGAUCUAUAUUUGUCUCAGAAAUCGUUUCCUCGAUACAAAGAAUAUCUGAUAUGGGUGUUUGGUUUUUUGAUUUUUUAUUUGUUUAAUGUCUUUAUGUUCGGUAAGAACAUUCUCAUAAUAAAGAUAAUAAUACAUGAAUUGUCA